AUGCCACCGAUACGCACGUCCACAAAGCGAAAGGCUCCGCCCGACGGGUUUAGCGACAUCGAAGAUGACUUACUUGUCUUCGCCAACAAGAUGAAGGAUGCGCAGAACAAGCCGCCACCCCCGGGGCCGAAGCACCAAGCGCAAUGGGAGAUCUUUCAAAUCUCUCAUCAGAGGAGCCGCUAUGUGUACGAUCUUUACUACGACAAGGAAGCCAUCGACAAGAAACUGUACGACUGGCUCCUCAAGAAUGGGUAUGCCGAUGCCAUGCUCAUAGCAAAGUGGAAGAAGCAAGGAUAUGAAAAGCUUUGCUGUCUGCGAUGUGUCCAAACGAAGGAGACCAAUUUCAACUCGACCUGUAUUUGCCGAGUCCCGAGAGCUCAGCUCAAGGAUGAUCAGGAGAUCCAGACCACGGCGUUUGGCAACAUGGAAGCAUAG